AUGGAGGAGUUGUGGGGAGGGAAGGGAGGGCUCGGGCUAGGUUUCUUUAUCCCUCCAAGGGUUUGUUGGUUCGUAAAUUUGUGCCCCUCACCUGGGCAAGGGCCCGAUUCUUUGAUGGCUCCAAGAGAUAACCCAUCAAGGAAACCUCCAAUUGUUGUACUCAUGAUAUUGAAAGGUGAGGCAUUUUACUGCAAUGAAUGUGGAGCAGAGCAAAAGAAUCAGUGA